ACAGCACAAAGGCCAGUGGCAAAAGAGUUGUAGGAGAUGUGGCAUACAAUACAGCAAAGGAAAAAGCCUCCUACAUCACCCCAGUUCCUGGUGGCGUUGGGCCUAUGACUGUGGCCAUGUUAAUGCAGAGCACCGUGGAGAGCGCGCAGCGUUUCCUGGAGAAGUUCCAGCCUGGAAAAUGGAACAUCCAUUAUAACCAGCUUACCCUAAAGAUGCCUGUUCCAAGCGACAUAGAAAUAUCUCAGUCUUGCAUGCCCAAGCCCAUUGAUCAGGUUGCAAAAGAAGUUGGCCUGCUCCCUGAUGAGGUCGAGCUCUACGGCCAGACUAAAGCCAAGGUUCAUCUGUCAGCUCUGAAGCGGCUGAAGAACCAGCCAGAUGGCAAAUACGUUGUCGUUACUGGGAUAACUCCUACUCCCCUGGGAGAGGGGAAAAGCACCACCACUGUCGGCCUUGUUCAAGCCCUAGGAGCCCACCUUCACCAGAAUGUCUUUGCCUGUGUUCGGCAACCUUCUCAGGGGCCAACCUUUGGUAUAAAAGGUGGAGCUGCAGGUGGUGGCUAUUGUCAAGUUAUCCCCAUGGAAGAGUUUAACCUUCAUCUCACUGGUGACAUCCAUGCUAUCACUGCGGCCAACAACCUGGUUGCUGCUGCUAUCGAUGCACGUAUAUUCCAUGAGCUAACUCAGACUGACCAGGCUCUCUACACCCGUUUGGUGCCUUCUGUCAACGGUGUUAGGAAGUUCUCAGACAUUCAGAUGCGAAGACUGCAGAAACUGGGCAUUAACAAAACUGAUCCCACUACUUUGACAAAGGAAGAAGUAAACUUAUUUGUGAGAUUGGACAUUGACCCAGGCACCAUAACGUGGCAAAGAGUACUGGACACAAAUGACAGAUUCCUUAGGAAGAUCACUAUUGGACAGUCUCCAACAGAAAAAGGCUUCUCACGGACGGCUCAGUUUGACAUCACGGUGAGCAGUGAGAUUAUGGCAGUUCUUGCACUCUCUGAUGGGCUGGAUGAUAUGAAGAAGCGACUGGGCAGAAUGGUGGUAGCUUCCAGCAAGAGAGGAGAACCAGUUACAACAGAUGACCUUGGAGUGACUGGUGCUUUGGCUGUCUUGAUGAGAGACGCUGUUAAACCAAACCUCAUGCAGACCCUAGAGGGCACACCAGUGUUUGUUCAUGCUGGACCUUUUGCCAAUAUUGCACAUGGAAAUUCCUCAGUGUUGGCAGACAAAAUAGCACUGAAGCUUGUGGGCAAAGAGGGUUUUGUUGUUACAGAAGCAGGAUUUGGUGCAGACAUAGGCAUGGAGAAAUUCUUUAAUAUCAAGUGCCGCUAUUCUGGUCUGAGGCCUCAUGUGGUGGUGUUGGUUGCUACUGUCCGAGCUCUGAAAAUGCAUGGAGGAGGGCCUGCAGUCACUGCUGGGGUACCUUUACCAAAGGAAUACAUGGAAGAGAAUCUCCAGCUGUUGGCAAGAGGUUGUAGUAACCUAAACAAGCAAAUCCAGAAUGCACGGAUGUUCGGUGUCCCAGUAGUAGUGGCUGUCAAUGCUUUCAAGACAGAUACAAAGGCUGAACUGGCCCUUGUAGUAAAACUGGCAAAGGAAGCGGGAGCGUUUGAUGCUGUCGAGUGCACUCACUGGGCAGAGGGAGGUAAAGGAGCAGUUGCACUGGCCCAAGCUGUUCAGAGAGCAUCACAGACACCCAGCAACUUCAGGUUCCUGUACAAUGUGGAGCUCCCUGUUGUAGAUAAGAUCAGGCUUAUUGCACAGAAGAUCUAUGGGGCAAGUGACAUUGAACUACUUCCAGAAGCACAGCAGAAAGUCGCCUUGUACACUAAGCAAGGAUUUGGAAACCUGCCAAUCUGCAUGGCUAAAACUCACUUGUCGUUGUCCCACGACCCUGAGCAAAAGGGAGCCCCCACGGGCUUCGUGCUGCCCAUCCGCGACGUGCGGGCCAGCGCUGGGGCCGGCUUCCUGUACCCCCUGGUGGGAACGAUGAGCACUAUGCCAGGACUUCCUACCAGACCCUGUUUCUAUGAUAUAGACUUGGAUCCAGUGUCAGGAGCAGUAAAUGGGCUCUUUUGAAAGGAGUUACUGAGCAAAGCUCCAAGAAGAACACCUGAUGAGUCACGUAAACAGAACCAUAUCCUGAUCUUUUGUCUAAGUCAGAGCAAGAUAUGACUGAGAACAUAGUGCAAGAAGUGACUGGAAGGAGGAGUGCUAAAGAAUCAACUGCUUACAUUUUAAUCUGUAAUAAUUCUCAAACUGCUGUGUUCCAAGCUAGUUGACACUGAGCAUAUAGAGAAAAAUUCCUCUACAAGCCUCCUGCUUCGUAAUUGUAGCUGAAGCAGAAUACAGGAGCUUGGGUUUAGUGACCUCUU